GAACCUCGGUCACUCCAUCAUCACGGCACACGAUUUGGCGUCCUGUGAGAUAUAUGGACAGUCGACGUCGUAACUGCACCGUCUGAUCUUCGAAUAUCAUGGAAACUCCACGAUCAACCUCGCGAUCGCGCCGGUCUUACCCGAACCUCCACAAUCUCUCCAUAGCCCCGCUCAGCGCCAAAUACCCACUCGAUGCAUCUGUUCCACCAUCGCCCGACGAGCCGGGAACUCAGACACCUCGCUCAUCCUACAUAGCCCAGAAGUCGGCUCCUGCCACACCAGGCGUAUUGAGCCUCAGUCAAACCCGAAGCAGCUCGAGACAGCACACCAGAAAGGCCUACGCAUACGACAGCUACUUCGUCGAUACCAAUUCUGAGAUCCGAGCAGCUGGCGAUAUACCAAAAGCCAAGAGCACAAGCGUACUGCAUCCCGGAGUUAGCUUUACAGAUGAAGUGGCGAGCGUGAAGGAAGCCAGCAAGCCGCGGCAUCACACAAGAAAAGGCACCGCGCCUCUCCCUCUCUUCUCACCCCCCAUCAAACACCACACCAAAGAAUCAAACCACGAAUGGCUCCACCGCGCCGGCCUCGCCAUCGCCGGCGAAACAAGAGAUAGCAAAGGCCAGAGCUGGCUCGUCCGCCGCGAAAGCUCCACAAGCCUCGUAGGCCAAGACACCGAGUACAAUCCCGAUGCCCCCCACGAUAAUAACAACCACAUGGUUCUUCUAUCCGGCGAACAUGUCAAUGAAGCGGACUACCCGUCUUUCUUCUCCCCCCGCAUGUCGCGCGCUGGCAGCAGGUUCCCCAGCCGCAUGGGCUCGCGCGUCCCUAGCGCGCGCCCCAGUCGCCGCGGCAGCAGAGUGGGCAGCCGCGUGGAUCUCAUGACGGGUCUGGGCAUCAAGACAGCGUCUGAGCCUGAAGAACGCUUCAUCGAGCCCGAUUUCAUUGAGGCCGACGAGGAUUCCGACAGCGACGAAGAAGAAGUCGCGCGGUUGGCGCGCGAACGCGGGUUUGGGCUCGGAAGCUGGAUGGAUCGCCUGAUUGGGUGGUCGUUGUUUGCUGUGGAUGAGGAUAGAGAGGGGUCGGAUGAGGACGAUGAGGACGAUGAGGACGAGGAUGUACGUGAGGGUAAGGGACUCCGUGGUAAGGAGUUGAAACUGGAUGAUUUGACCAAGGAGGAGCUUAAACUGAGGCGCGAGGUCGAGGCUAGGCGCAGGAAAAUGGAGCGUGAGGCCAUUAUUGCGGCGGCCGCGGUUAAGAGUCAGCAUGGCGAGGGUAGUGAAGAUCAGACGAGGCGGGCGAAUGAGGAGGCCGGUGGAUGGCAGGAUGCUGCGUGGUUGCUUAGUGUAGCAUCCAAGGCUCUUUUCUAGAUGUCGUUCUGGAGGGAGAGCUUUUGUCAGUUUUUGCCUACGGCCUCUAAUUUAUUAAAUCAUUUUUUUUUCUCUUCAGAAAGAAGCUCAUAAAAGUAACUGCAUACAACGUUUAGGCUAGAGUAGUACAGGAAUUGUUAAAGAAGUUAU